GCGGUGCUGGAGGCCGAGGCGGGUUCGGACGCCAUGACCCAGGCGGAGCGGGAGCGGGAGCAGGAGAACGGGAAGGAGAAGGAGCGGGAGAGGGAGAAGGAGAAGGAGAAGGAGCAGCGCGGAGUGAAGAGGCCGAUCGUCCCGGCGGCCAUCCCGGACUCCCCGCUCGAGCCAAUCCAGAGUAACUUCAUCGUGGUGAUACACCCCGGCUCAUCCACCCUGAGGAUUGGCCGAGCUUCGGACACACUGCCGGUCAGUGUUCCCCACGUUAUUGCUCGACGACACAAACAGCAGGGGCAGCCUCACCACGAAGACCCCCGGCUGCACCGAGAUGGCCUCAAUAAACCGGAAAGCAAUGAGCAAAGGCAAAAUGGACUCAAAAUGGUGGAUCAGGCUAUUUGGUCAAAAAAGAUGUCCAAUGGGGCCCGGAGAAUCCCUGCUCCACCAGAUCAGGUGAGGUCUUAUAAUAAGCAGAUGAGGGCAGCAAUCUUGGACCCAAGUUCGGGGCUCAAAUGGACAAACACAUUACAUCACCCUGAGUUUCUCAUAGGAGACGAGGCUCUGUAUGUAAAUCCUUCUGACAGCUAUAAUAUACACUGGCCCGUUCGGAGGGGUCAGUUGAACCUUCAUGUCGGACCUGGAGGUUCUCUCACUGCAGUGAUGGCUGAUCUUGAGGCUAUCUGGACACAAGCCAUACAGAAGUUCCUAGAAAUUCCACGGAAAGACUUAAAGUAUUACAGAUGUAUUCUGUUAAUCCCGGAUAUUUACAAUAAACAACAUGUCAAAGAGCUGAUGAGCCUCCUUCUGAACAAGAUCGGUUUCUCUGGUGUACUUGUCCAUCAGGAGUCUAUCUGUGCCACCUUUGGAAGUGGCUUAAGCAGUGCCUGUGUGGUGGAUGUAGGUGACCAGAAGACAAGUGUGUGCUGUGUGGAGGAUGGAGUUUCCCAUCGAAACACCAGACUGUGUUUAGCUUACGGUGGUUCUGACGUGACCAGAUGCUUCUUCUGGCUGAUGCAGCGGUCUGGAUUCCCCUAUAGAGAUUGCCAGCUGUUCAACCGAAUGGACUGUUUGCUUCUCCAACAGCUUAAAGAGACGUUCUGCCAUCUAGACCAGGAUAUCUCCGGGAUCCGGGAUCAUGAGUUCAAGAUUCGACGCCCGGAUUCUCCAGUUUUACUUUACCAGCUGCGACAAGGAGAUGAGAAACUACAGGCACCAAUGGCCUUGUUUUAUCCAGCUACAUUUGGAAUUGUGGGCCAGAAGAUCACCUCAUUACAACACAGGACUCAGGGCGAUUCCGAGGAUCCCCAUGACGAACAUUACCUGGUGGCCACUCAGAGUAAGCAAGAACAGGCUGCCAAAGCCAUCGCUGAGAAGAAGGCAUUGGCGAAGUACGCUGGCUACGACACGGAGUCAGGGACUCAGAAUUCCGACACGGGAGAAAAGUGUCAUUCCCACGAGCUGGAACUGGGAGCCUCUCAGCACGACUGCCUCCUGCCAGGAAACGAUUGCGAGGACCUGCCAGCAGCUCUGAUGGCGAGAAAAACAACCGUCUCGCAAUUUGAAGGGAAGGCUUUGGGGCUUGACAAGUCGAUACUGCACAGUAUUGAUUGCUGUGCUUCUGACGAGACCAAAAAGAAAAUGUACAGCUCCAUCCUGGUGGUUGGAGGGGGGCUGAUGUUCCACGGAGCUCAGGAGUUUUUGCAGCACAGAAUCCUAAACAAGAUGCCGCCCUCGUUCAGAAGAAUAGUGGAGAAUGUUGAAGUUAUUACAAGACCUAAGGACAUGGAUCCACGUUUAAUAGCCUGGAAAGGUGGUGCCGUGCUCGCCUGUCUGGAUACAACACAAGAACUGUGGAUACACCAGCGGGAAUGGCAACGCUUUGGGGUCCGCAUGUUACGGGAGAGAGCUCCGUUCGUCUGGUGAAAAGUCUCGUUUCCCCCAGAAUGAGUGUUGGGAAAUAUCUCCCGAGCCUCACUCACGGAAGCUUUCAUAUCACAUAGCCUUUUUGUAAACUGUUUUUCCUCAAUGUCCUAUCACAAUAUUUUUCUGCUCGUAUAAGUAGUAACAACUAAUAACCCUUACAUUUGGAUAUAGCGCCUUAUCACGUCUUCGAGACGUCUCAAUAGCUUCACAGGACAUACUGUAAAGUGAAUUGACUGUAUAUAUUUGUGGGCCAAAUGCCCUCUGGUAAUAAUUAACAAAGCUAUAAUAACUGAUAAAUAGUUUAUUGUCUGUACAGUAUCAUGGGAUAUGAAAAGGAAACAUAUAAACAGUUAGUGUUUGGUGCAAAGCCAGACUCCAAGUGAGACAAACACAACUGUGGAUGUAGAUGUUAUGUAUUUUUGGUUGUAAUUAAAGUUUCCCCUUGCUCUGAUUA